AUGGGUGGGGCUCCCAGCCGCGAAGAUCCUCAGCUUUCAGAUUCUGACGAAGAGCAGAGUGAAGAGGAAGAGAUCUACGAGGACGUAGAAGAAAGUGUCGAGGAAAAGCGUCGGAGAUCGGCGGAGCGUGGGCCCAAAACCCCGUCGUCGGUGGACGAAGUAGACGCCAUGCUCAAGGCUUUGAAGCUCAAGUACAACCCAAAUGUCAAAAAUCCGGUCAAGCUCUACCAUUUUGUCGCUGGAGACACCCCUCAAGCCAAAGGAAAAUGGGUAACCUCCGAAAAGCUCACCUCUUACUCUUUUAGAAAGACCUCUCGAAUGGAAAUUGAUAAUGACGAAGAUGGUGAGGAAGAAGACGAAUCUGAUGAGGAAGGCGGGGAUUCCUGGUGGAUUUUGAGUGUUGGUGACCCUGACAAGAUUCGGGCUAAAGUUAAGGUCUCGGACGAAAUGCAGUUGAAUGGCGAUCAACGUCGUGUUGAUUUUAUUGCCUGCGCACCAACGCGAGGUGUGUGGGCAAUGAAGUUUUAUACUGAUGAGGACUAUAGGGCGUUUGUUGCAAAGUACAAAGAUUGUUUGUUCGAGAACACGUAUAGGUAUGAGGCCACAGAUGAGAACAGGGUUAAGGUUUAUGGGAAAGAUUUUAUUGGGUGGGCAAAGCCGGAAGUGGCUGAUGAUUCGGUGUGGGAAGAUGCAGAGGAUAGUUUAUCGAAGAGCCCAGGCUCCGCAACACCAUUGAGAGCUAAUGAAGACUUGAGAGAGGAGUUUGAGGAGGCUUCCAAUGGUGGUAUACAGAGCUUGGCAUUGGGUGCAUUGGACAAUAGUUUCUUGGUGGGGGAGUCUGGCAUUCAGGUUGUUAAGAAUUUUAGUCAUGGAAUUCAGGGGAAAGGUGUUUAUGUCAAUUUUGAUGAUGGAGGUUAUAGAGGUGGUUCAAGUUUGGCACGGUCGACACCUAGGAAGGCUCUGCUAAUGAAGGCCGAGACCAACAUGCUCCUUAUGAGUCCUAUGAAUGAAGGGAAGCCUCAUACAACAGGUCUCCAUCAGUUUGAUAUUGAAACUGGGAAGGUUGUUACAGAGUGGAAGUUUGGGAAAGAUGGGACUGAUGUUACAAUGAGGGAUAUAACAAAUGACAGUAAGGGAGCACAGCUUUGCCGGUGGGAUAUGCGUGAUAGGAAAGGGAUGGUUCAGGACCUUGCAGCUGCUAGUGGCCCUGUUCUCAAUUGGAACCAAGGGCAUCAGUUCUCCAGAGGAACUAACUUUCAGUGCUUUGCUAGCACUGGUGAUGGCUCAAUUGCUGUUGGGUCCCUUGAUGGGAAGAUCCGGUUGUAUUCGAGCAGUUCGAUGAGGCAGGCGAAAACAGCUUUUCCAGGCCUUGGUUCGCCUAUUACUCAUGUGGAUGUUACCUUUGAUGGGAAGUGGAUUUUGGGAACAACUGACACCUAUUUGAUCCUCAUCUGCACCAUCUUUACUGAUAAGGAUGGGAAGACAAAGACUGGUUUUGGUGGGCGUAUGGGGAAUAGAAUUUCAGCUCCAAGACUGUUAAAGCUGAGUGCUGUGGAUUCACAUUUAGCUGGUGUUAAUAAUAAGUUUCGUAAUGCUCAGUUUUCGUGGGUCACUGAGAAUGGGAAGCAGGAGCGUCAUUUAGUUGCAACUGUGGGCAAGUUUAGUGUGAUUUGGAACUUUCAACAGGUGAAGGAUGGUUCACAUGAGUGCUACCGCCACCAGGAGGGCUUGAAGAGCUGCUAUUGCUACAAGAUAGUCCUUAAGGAUGAUUCCAUUGUUGACAGUCGCUUCAUGCAUGACAAAUUUGCAGUUACCGACUCACCUGAGGCGCCACUUGUGAUUGCAACCCCGAUGAAAGUUAGCUCCUUCAGCAUAUCCAGUAGGCGAUUAUUUUCAGAGACAUGA